GCCACUGCUCAGCCUCACCCUCCCUCCCGGCCACCCACAGACACGACUGCAUGACGGCCGCGGCAAAACGCUACAAGUACCUUCGCCGUCUUCUCAAAUUCCGGCAGAUGGAUUUUGAGUUCGCCGCCUGGCAGAUGGUUUACCUCUUCAUAGCUCCACAGAAGGUCUAUCGGAAUUUCCAGUAUAGAAAACAAACGAAAGCACAGUUUGCCCGCGACGACCCAGCGUUUGUGGUGCUGCUGUGUCUGUGGCUGUGUGUAACAUCGGUUGGGUUUGCCGUUGUGUUGCGCCUCAGUGUUGCCAGCUUUCUCACCUUCCUUCUGUACACUGUGUGCGUGGAUACCCUGGCCGUGGGCGUGGUGGUGGCAACACUGCUCUGGCUCUUCACCAACAAGCGGCUGGUGAAGUCAACAUGCAGAGAUCAGGACGUGGAAUGGGGGUACGCCUUUGAUGUCCACCUUAACGCCUUUUUCCCGCCACUUCUCAUUCUUCACUUCUUCCAGCUCUUCUUGUACCAUGUGUUCAUCAGUCAGGAUUGGUUCAUUUCCCGCCUGUUUGGUAACCUCCUGUGGGUGUUCGCCAUUGGCUACUACAUCUACAUUACAUUCCUCGGAUACAGCGCCCUGCCCAUCCUGCAGUCCCCGCGAGUGUUCCUGUACGCCCUGCCGCUGCUGCCGCUCCUGCUGGUGGUGACCCUGACAAUGAGAGUCAACCUGUGCUCUGUUCUCAUGGACUUUUACCAUUAUCGUGUGCUGUGAGAGGCGUAGAGCACUGUCUGGCUGCCGCCCCCUCUCUCUCUCUCUCUCUCUCUCUCUCUCUCUCUCUCUCUCUCUCUCUCUCUUGUAUCAUAUUGCACCUUUUUGUGUGUUAAAUAGUUUGAAUAAAGGAAAAUAUAAGGAAAAAGUGGACUAUUAUUAUUAUUAUUAUUAUUAUUAUUAUUAUUAUUAUCAUUGUUGUUGUUGUUUUGACGUGUACAAGAUGGUAUAUAAAUAAUUUGCUUGUAUGUUGUGUUACUACUUAUGAAUGGUGUGUGUGUGUGUGUGUGUGUGUGUGUGUGUGUGUGACCAGCUGAUUUGAAUAGAAAAAAUGCAAAUAAUGAUAAAAAAAAAUGAGGAAUAAUAGUAAUAAUGAAGCUUGUGAACUGAAUAAAUACACUAAUAAAAAUGA